ACUCAGUCAGUAGCGUUAGUAGUGCUCCUAACUCCAAGUCGAAGCCACUCCGGCUAGGUUCUUUUUAGAGGUGCUUUACCUGGCCGAGUCCUAAAAGUAUUAAUCGUAUCACCUCUCUCCUGCAUUCAGUUUCGCUUCCGUCAACUCUCUCAGAUUCGAGCUCUCCCAACCGGUUAUCCUUGACCUCGGCUGUGGGGUUCCUCUCUAAUUCAGUUUUAAUAAAUAUAUUAUUGAAGUCAUUCGUUAGCAUCAUAGCUUUGAUUUUAUCGACGCUCGCUUUGGACCUAAACAUUGAACUCUUGAGUUGAGGCGCUUCUCUUUUCCACCGACUCCUGACCUCGCAAUGGCUCUAAUACGUUCAAAUGCAUUGCCACCAAAGCCAUGGACCGAUAUUUUCACAGAUGACACCUGCAUCGAUCGACGAAAGUCUCAGCGAACAGUACCCAUGAAGGUGCUGGCCCUUGGCGUAGGUAGAACGGGAACUGCAUCGUUACGUGUUGCUCUUGAACGGCUAGGAUACCUUAGGUGUUACCAUAUGAUGUGUGCCAGCGUCGAAAAUCCCCCAGACUGCUUGAUGUGGCACGAUGCACUUGCUGCCAAGUAUGAUGGAGUGGGAGAAUUUGGCCGUGAACAAUGGGACCAACUUUUGGGUGACUGUCAAGCCGUGUGCGACUGGCCUGCCUGUGCCUUUGCAAAAGAACUCAUCGAAGCUUAUCCCAAUGCUAAAGUGAUUCUGACCACACGCGACGUCGAUUCGUGGCACGCGUCGGUUAUGAAAACUGUUCACUGGCGCGCUACAGAUCCCGAGCAUCGCCUGGUGUCUCACUUCAGUUGGGCUGCCAGCAUGUAUUAUCCCAUGCUGAACAAAUUCUUCGCCACUUUCUUUCGUGGCGACUUCCCCAACCAGGGCAAGCAGGUCUAUUUGGAUCACGUGGAUGAAGUACGGCACUUGGUGCCCCCUGAGCGGCUUUUGGAAUACAAAAUCAGUGACGGCUGGGGCCCGCUUUGUGAAUUCUUAGGUGAGGAGGUGCCAGAUGCGCAAUUUCCUUGCGGAAAUGAUAUGGCACAUUUCAAGAAGCGAUGCAGCACUCGUAAUCGCCGACAGAUGAUGAAUGCUGCUUUGAAGGCAUGUACAGUUGGAGGUGCAGUUUUAUUGACCGGGCUGGCCGCAACCAUGGCCUUUGGGCGAUUCUCUACACGUUGAAUGAAGAUGGACGGUUGUUGCUUUCUCGAUUUUGUCCAAGGACGUGCGCUGGCGCCAUUGUUCUGGACAUCUUUCUACUUGACCCUCACGAGAGCUCGUAAUCAAACUAUAGCUGUUCUUGAAUAUUGUCUAUGGUUAAUUCUCCUAUUAGUAUCAUUCGAUCAUGUGUAUAAAACUACAAUACGAAACUUGCGUGCAAUAGAUAAC